AUGGGCGCAUUGAUCAGUUAUUUUCACAAUGUUUACGAGAAUUUCUUCUAUAUUCGGUGUCGAAUCGGGAUUUGUGGGAUCUCGAAUGUCGGGAAAACGUCAAUACUUUAUCUUUUGACGAAAGAGGAGGAGAAGAUUUAUGGAUUGAUGCCGAAUAUACAUCCAAUCUAUGCAGAGUUUUACUAUAACUCUCUGGCAAUGAAAUUGCAUGACUAUGGUGGGCGAUACAACAGUCACAUGAUGAUGCUAGACUGUGUGCAAGACUUUGAUGCUCUCAUUUUUGUGGUUGAUAUCAGUGAUCGAGCAAUGUUCGAUGAGUCGAGAAGAGAGUUGGCAAAGAUCCUUGAGCAUCCACUCACAGAUCGAUUGCCCAUUGUAGUAAUGGCAAAUAAAAAGGAUCUAGCAAGUGCUUGCCCGUUAAAUGAAGUGAUUGAAGCGGUCGGCAUUGAAAAAUUCACGAAAUCCCAUAAUAUCCACGUGAUCUCAACGACGAUUCGGAAAAAAGAGACAAUUUUUGAGGCUUUACAAUGGCUUGAAAAAAUUAUUCAU